CGCCACUUCCACAUUGUCGAUGUAAACCUUAAGGUAUUUUCCGAUAAUUGCACAUUGCUGUUGAUGCUCCCGCCGCCAAAAAGAGUUUGCAAGGUUAGUCCAACCACCCCAACUCCCACUUUCACCCACUUCCGCCCACUUUUCGUAUGUCUGUGCGCAAGAUAAACAAAAGACAACUGUUCCAUGUGCUUGUGCGUGAAUCGUCUGGCACAUGUCUUCGCUUUCCCCACUACUUUCCAGCUAUUAAUAAAGCGAAACUUCGAGCCUGGGAUUUCCAUAUCAACUUGUUUGCCGUAGCCGGUGACGACUGUACUUACUACUUAAUUAAUUCAAAUCUUGCUAAUUGCAUUUUAUUUGCUUUCGCUGCGCAGAUUUCAAGUUUUUAAUUGCAAAUCUCUUUUUCCCCAUUGAGAGCACACGCGCACAUCCUAUAUAAACACAUGAUAAGUUUCCUAUAUUGACAUACCCUACCUGUGUUUUACUUCUCAACGAUUUAAAUAUAUAUACUUUUAGCUGAUCUUGUAUUAUAUUUUGCAGAGGGUGAAAUUGGAGUUCUUAAUAAGAUCGUGUUGAAGGUGUAUCAGCUCGAUGAUUUGGUGUUUAAUCGUACCGAGGCCCAUUACGAUACUGGUUUGGUGGCCGGACUGGUCAGCAUUGCCGUUGCCAUUGGCGACUAUGAAACGUCAGAAGUAUCAGAGCGUCGUUUUCGGUGCACCCAACGAGGAAGCUGAUCAAGUUGAGGAAGAGGAAGCCGAGGACAGUGGGGGGGAGGUCGAUGAGGAGGGUGAGGCCGAUAUCCUGGUGGAUGAGGACUAUUUGGAAGAGUCGAUUUCGGAUGACGCCACUGACAACUCUGAGGCGCUGGAAUCGAUUGGCCAGCAAGACACACAGACUGAAGAGGUGCCACCGCUCGAAAUCGCCGAGCUCAAUUUGGAUGAACCCACUGAGGUUGCAUCCGCUGUCCCGGAGCCGAGGACCAAGAGAGAAGUCGGGCAUCAAGCCCGUUGCCACCAUGUAUAGUAAGGAAGAGAGCUACAAGGUGAUCCAGGCCAGGGAGGCUGGAUCCAUGGAGCCCCUGAACAAGCUGAUGACUCCUCGCACCCUGGUUGCCCUACACCGCACCUCGGUUGCCGUUCAGUUCCCGGCUCAGGCUCCGGUUCCGCCCCCAAAGCCCGGGAAACGUACCGGUUCUUCCAGGCGUGGACGAAACUAAGCCGUGCAUCCCUCUUGAUGGCGUUACGUUUUCUUUUUGGUUUUAGUUACUUAUAUAUUUUUUAAAUUUCUACACUUGUGCCACACGUCGUUCACCAGACACAUGGAGGGUCUUUAUCCUAGUCCUAGCCAAUAAAUUCCGUCAACUCUAAAAACACUGCACACGCUUUUCGAGAUGGCUCGCCAGUUUUAGGGUCUUCUCGACACAAACACCUGCAAAUGUUAGACAAGCUAUCAAACCAAAAUUGUUACCGUCGAGUAUUCGAAAGUAGAGGUGCCUUCCAAAUUGCCAGGCCAUUAAAUGUUUCGAUCAAAAAUGCAGUGUCUAUUGUCGUUUUAUUUAUAAGGGGGAUACAGAUGUAUAUAUGGUUAUAUCCAGGCCUGAAAUAUUAUCUCAUAGGUUAAACUUAUAUGAAUAGAGCCCAUCUAUAAGUGGGAAUAUAGAGCUAUACGAUCUAAAAUUGUGUUGGUGAUAGAAAUAUUUUCUAAGCUCUGUUAUUUUAUUGCCAAAAAUGGGUUUGUCAUUGGCUUAACUUGUAGGAAAUGGAGCCUAGAACCUAUAGCCUAAAACCGAGGGCUAUCCAAGGACAAGUCCCUGCCAUCAUCAUGUUCAAUGGCCGCUCAAUAGACUCUCCUCGUAUCCGCUGUUGUAAUUUGCUGGCCCUGCCAGCUGUCGCUGCGGUUGGCCGCCUAAUGGUCGUCAAAGGGGCGGAAUGUGGGGCCGAAGGACCCCC